AUCAGAUCAUCACGCGCAGGCCAGCCAGGAGGACGCACACGCACCAGAGCGCGCGCACGCACGCCACGUACUGGUGAACAGGACAGGCACAUCACGACGCACAGGAUGAGCCUGUCGCCGGCGCCGGAGGAGAGCUACGCGAGGCUCGGCAUCGGCUUCGGCUUCGGCCGGAGGUGGCGGCCGGCGAGGGGGUUCCGGCUCGGCGCGAGGAACCGGUUCUCGGUGCGGCGGCUGCGGGCCAAGCUGCUCACGUUCCUGGGCCUCGUCGGCCGCCAGGCGCGCCACCUCGCCAGGAGGCUCUCCAGGAGAGGCGGCGGCUCCUGCCCGCGGAACGGCAGCGCGAGGACGCUCGUGGGCGGCAACGGGUCGCAGCGGUGGUGCCCCCCGGGCGGCGAGGCGGCGGCCAGCAAGCACAAGCAGCAGCAGCAGCAGGCGCCGAGGAGGGCGGCGUCGUUCAUGCGGACCAACUCCUUCUACGCGCAGGCCAUCGCCGAGUGCCUCGAGUUCAUCAAGCGCAAUUCCGUGCCGGUCGAGGACUACGGCAGCGCCGUGGUCGCCCGCGGCGGCGGCACCGCCGGGAGAUAGACCUCGUCGAUCGGGACUCCGUUUGGAUCGCGUGGGCGGUGGAACAACUAGCUGGAACAAAUGUGUGUACGCCCGUCCCGGUAUCCCGGGUCGUCGAUGGGGUCUCGAGACGUGAAACUAGCGUAGUGUACUGAUAGUACGUACAGAUGGGGUACAGAGGUGUAAACACGUUGUGAAAUUUGAGUUGCGUAUGUUGAAAUUUUUGCGGGGCUGUGAUUACUUGGCCGGUACACGGCACUCCUACUAGUGUUUCAACUUCUUGUACAUUUCCAGGUGUAAGAGUAGACUUUCUGCA